GAAAACAACUUGCCGCUGAUGUGCAGUAUGUAUUUUGUGAAGUUUGUAAACUGUCUUUAACUCAUAUAUUCUAUCGUUGUAGGCCUAUUUUAAACUUUUGGAAAAAAUAAAUUAUUAAAUUCUUUUUUUUUAAACAUUAUGAUCUGCCUCUCUGUUGUCCCGACCUGGCGUGGCCUUUUUGUAGGUAUUGGAGGUUGAAUAGUCUGGGGCCAAGAUCUCAGGUAGCGUUGUUGGAUGUAAUAUUUAAAAAUUUAAUAGUAGACACCACUAUUACCACAAAGGGUUAAAACUCCACCUGAACAUGAAGCUCCAUCAGCCAUGACUGACAGGAUGAACCAGGAUGUUCAGCUGCUGCUCUUCGUUUCUGGGUCACUUUGUUUAUGACUGAGAACAAACAGACUUUGUGUUUCCUGUUCAAACAGCCGAACAGCUUUCAGUCCUGAAAUAAAUCAUUAAAUAGAAACUUUCUCUCUGUGUGACUGAACUUCUGACUUUAUGUUAGUGAGCAGGUAAGAAUAAUAAUAAAACUUUUAUCUUUUACUAGAGAACAAAGUUCAGCAGAGAACGAUGAAGCUGACUGUAGAUCAAAGAUCUGAGGUUAUUAUUGUUCCUGUAGCUGUGAAGCCAAGUUGUGGCUGAUUUACCUGAACAUGCGCAGAUCAGAUCAGAUCAGCCAGUUUAGUUGUUUCGUUUCUCUUUCCACUCCUCCUCUAAGCUCCUCCUCUUUCCACCAUCCGUUCAGACGACGCCACGUCGACGCUUUGCUGUCGAAGCUGAAUUUUCUUACAUGUUUAGUGGCCAACAUGAUCUAACAGGGUUUAUCUUUGAAGGUUAAAUUAUUUUAUCCUUGAAUAAAACAAUAUUUAACUCAAACUGGUGGAACUAGAAGACGAAGAAUGGCGACUCGACCUGCUGCGUCAUGGUUCCUGGUUCUGUUCUUCCUGAUCUCCGUCCAGUUUGGUUCUGCUGGUGAGACGAACAUCACAGCUGAACCUGGAGAGAACAUCACUCUGCCAUGUAGAGCUGCUGAGAACAAACCUGUUGUUGUCUUAGAGUGGAGCAAACCUGAUCUGGGGGAAAAUGAUCAUGUUGCUCUGUAUCAAGAUGAUCUGUUUGAUAAUGAGGGUCAGAAUCCAGCUUAUAAGAACCGAGUGGAUCUACAGGACAGAGAGAUGAAGAAUGGAAACGUGUCUUUGGUUCUGAGGAAUGUGACGACUGAUGAUACUGGAAAGUAUGAAUGUAGAGUCGUUCAGAGAGAAGUUAGACGUAGGAAGAGAUCUCACCUGAAGAAUGAUCCCAUCAAAACCAUCAACCUGGAUGUUUCUGCUCCAGGGAAAGAGGAAGAACAAAAGAAGGAUGGAGGGAAUGAGGAAGGACAAAGGGAUGGAGAGGACAGCACUGGACUGAUAGUUGGUCUCUCAGUUUUAGCUGUUCUGGCUCUAUUUGCUGUUUCAGGUUUUCUGCUCUAUAAAAAACUGAGACGUUCAUCACAGGAACAGAAGCAGCCUCCUGCAGCAGAAGCAGAACUUCAGGCUAUGAAUGUUGAAAACCAUCAAGAACCUGAAACGUGAACAUUGAGACAUUUUUAUAGCAGGAAGAGACUUUCAGCACUGAGAGAAUAUAUAAAGUUCAGCUCAACUGAUUCACUUCACCUGUUUCUAUCAGAGCUUCAAACAGCAGAGAACAAACUGAAUGUGAAAAGUUUGAACUGCAGCUCCUUUUUAAGGUUUCCUGCUGUCUGAACAAAAUGAUAUAUUACAUCUAACCUUCUCACCUAAAAGUUAUGCACACAAAUCAGAGAGCUGAGAAUAAAACUGAAGAACUGACAAUUGUAAAUAUAAACAUUGAUGCAAGCGCUGCAAUUUUUUUCUCAGGAGCU